AUGGUUUCUGUUUGCGCCACCUGCAAAGGACUGCAGAAGCAUCUCAAUACUCAAGAGUCGGAGGUGGGCUCGUUGCGUUGGGUGAGCACGUCAUUGCCGAAUCUCCGCGCAAGUGCAGCAAACAACCGCUGCCGGGCUUGCGCUUUGCUUCUCCAGGGCAUACUACUACACCAUGAUCGAUUCGCGAACAUCAGGGAAGACAGGAUACAAAUAAUGGCCGAGUCGUUCAACCCAAGACCAGGGCGUACAUUACAGGAUCAUCUUUCCGUCGAAAUCCGAUGGAAGCAGCUGGACCACGACGAAGGUGAAUGCCAAGCCGGCAACCACGAGCACACAGGAAAUCCAGAUCUCAAGCUAGAAUUUUUCACAGAUGGAGCUGGGCAAUCGUCUUUCUCGGCGAUUGGACGAGGCAGAAAUGUCUCGGACAACCCACUGCAGGCUGCUGGACUACAAGCAACGCGUGAUUUGAUUAAUAACUGCGUAUCGAGUCACUCGACAUGUCGGCAAAGCCACACCACAUCCCUGCCGAAGCGCGUGCUUGAUGUGUCGAUGAAGGAGGGCUCGAAGAGCAUACGUCUGCACUCGUCACACUUUAACGAAGAGGAGCAAAGGUACGAGUCAGGCAAGUAUAUUGCACUGAGCCAUGUAUGGGGUCUUGGGAGAGGUAUUCCAAAGACGACCACGAAGAGUUUGCAGUCACAAACAAACACCAUUCCCUGGUCAACGUUACCAAGGACAUAUCAAGAAGCGAUUGUACUAACACGAGCGUUGGGAUUUCGUUGGCUGUUCAUUGAUUCUUUGUGCCUAGUGCAAGAUGACGUCCCCACAAAGUUGGAGGAUUCGAUACGAAUGGACGAGAUAUAUGGAAAUGCGUUCCUGACCAUAGCGGCUACCUCGGCUACCGACAGUGGCAGUCACCCGCUCUUUCCACCAAAGACCCAGCCAUUUAAGAUCCAGGCUACGGAUGACAAGGGCUCGCUCUUUAAGAUCUACGUUCGAGAACAGCCGUCGCAUUACAGUUUCAAAGCCCCUUUCGACGACGACGCGCAUAUGAACGAUUGGGAACUACCGUUCAAUACCUCCAAAGAAGCAAACCUCCAUACACCACUGCUUAAGCGAGCCUGGGCAUACACCGAACGUCUACUCUCACCCCGUGUCUUACACUUUACUAAGAGCGAGAUGAUCCUCGAAUGUCGCCAAACAUAUCAGUGUGAAUGCGGCAGGAUCGAAGAUGCCACAUUCGAUGCUCGAGCAACAGACUCCAUCAAGCAAGAAUUCGCAAGACUGGUCAUGGAGACUAAAAUUCAAACAGCAGAGUUGAACGGCAAUAGUAAUGGGAACGGGAUCGAGAAACGAAUCGAUAGCAUGGCCACUCAGCUCGCUACCACUUCCCUCAACAACGACUCGCAAGACGCCUGGCGUCGGCGUGAAGAGGGCAUCCAACUCUGGAGUUAUAUCGUCACGGAAUUCACUGCUCGGAAUAUGACAUAUGAUUACGACCGCCUCAUUGCUAUAGCCAACAUCGCAAAGCCGUUGUUACCCACAAUACAAUCAGGCUAUGUAGUAGGGCAGUGGACAAGCAGUACAUUAGGCCUCCUCUGGUAUCCGAGCGACAGCACACGAUGCAGACGACCGAAGGGAUUGACAGGACAGAACGUACCAAGCUGGUCAUGGGCGUCUCUCCAAGGGUCACCAGUCUUCUUCGACAAUGCUUCGGCCAUGGACCUCGCAUGCAGAGCUUCCUUUGGAUCCAAGAAAGAACGGACAGCAGUCUGGUCACCACUUUCGGGCCAUAUCGUCGAGUUAACAGCAGCCAUGGCCACAGAGGUGACAUUCGCCUCGUCUUGUGAAGAUUCGCAAGACGACGACUCGCCUUCAUACUCGCUCCUCAAAAACGGAAUCGCCGUCGAUUUCACACCAGACAUCAACCCACCACGCGGCGAAGACACAAUAAACGACGGAGACAAGCUUGUCUGUGUGCUGGUCAGCAUGACAUUUCGCUCCUCCAUCAUCGGACUGGUGCUCAAGCCGGUGCAAAACAACACAUACCGCAGGGUCGGGCGAUUCGAAUGUUACGAAUGUACAAAAGAAGAGGAAGAGGAAGACGACGAGAUGAGUGAAGACGCCGAGGCAUUGUUUGAGCAUUGGUUCCCCGAGAUCCAGGACAUGACACAACUCGAUGAGUACCCACAAAGGCGGUUUACCAUUGUAUAG